UGACAGUCGAAAGAUGGAAAAAGUGUAAGCAGCAAAAUUAUUUAAAAACUAUUUCAUUUUCAUUUUGAUCGUGUAGUCGUAACGAGCAGAAAAUGUCUUUUUGCAGUAAUAAAAUCGUACAAUUUAGUUAAACGUAUGUGACGUGAAUCAAAAAAGUGAUUGAAAAUAAAACAAGAUACAUUUUGUGCAUUUGCCCUCUGAAUACGUGAACACAGAGUUAUUGAUUUAUAAAUAUUUUAAACAAUAAUAAAAAAAAAAAUGUUCUCUGCAUUGACAGUGAAUUCAUUCGAUUAAAUUGCAGUGCAAAGAAGUGUUGUUCUUUUCUUUAUUAUUAUUUUUUUGCUUUCGUUGUUUUGGUUAGAUUUUUCUCUUGUGAAUUGAUUGAUGAAUGAUUGCAUUUGCAUACACCUAUCAGAGAAUUACAUAAGAAAGUGUUGUAAAAUUUUCACCUUAAAACUAAAAAUCCAUCAUUCAACGAACAUUGUACAUAUGAACAUCAGCUAAGAAGUAGAAGAAAACACAACCAGUGGAACCCGAAUAAGAAACACCAAACGAGAGAUAAAUUUCGUAAAGGAAAAGAAAACUCAAAUUCAUUAUCAUGAUUUGCCGAUUGUUUCGUGCACAUGGCGAAUUCUGUGCUUCACAUCCUUGGGAGGUUAUUGUUGCGCUGUUAACAUUAACGGCGUGCAUUUUAACGGUGGACAAAGGCAGCGAAAAUACAUCGACCACUCGGCCCCGGCAGUGUCAAGGAUGGCGUGACUCGUGCGAAGGAUUCGAAGCCGAAUAUAAUGCGGCUGAUGUCAUACUGAUGACCAUCGUCAGAUGUUCAGCCGUUCUAUAUUCGUACUAUCAAUUUUUGAAUUUACACAAAUUCGGAUCAAAGUACAUAUUGGGCAUUGCCGGUCUAUUCACGGUAUUCUCCAGUUUUAUAUUCACAUCCAGUGUCAUUAACUUCCUCGGCAGCGAAGUGUCUGAUCUCAAAGAUGCACUAUUCUUCUUCCUACUGUUAAUCGACUUGUCCAAGGCUGGCUAUCUGGCACAACUAGCUCUACGAGGUUCGAAUCCAUCGGAGGUUACACUGAAUAUAGCUCGUGGUAUGGAACUUCUUGGCCCGGCAAUUUCAUUGGAUACACUGGUUGAAACAUUGGUCAUCGGCGUUGGAACACUGUCCGGCGUACAGCGAUUAGAAGUUCUAUGCGGAUUUGCUGUGAUGUCGGUAGUGGUGAAUUAUGUCGUCUUUAUGACCUUCUAUCCAGCCUGUUUGUCGUUGAUCAUGGAUCUAUCGAAGAACGGUGUUGAGUUGUCGAAAGUGAAGGAACGUGCAAAGGAUUCGUUGGCUCUGCACUCAUUCAUCGAAGAAGAUCAUAAACCGAAUCCGGUCGUGCAAAGAGUGAAGGUCAUUAUGUCCACCGGCCUGAUGCUUGUUCAUGCCUACAGUCGCUUUGUGUUCACCGAUAAAGACCCGGUAUCAACCAAUGGUCCAUUGCAUCUCAAUCAGCAACAUUCAGUAGCUAUGAAUCGUACCGAACCGAGUGAUGUGUCUGGCUACAUUAUCAAAUGGUUGACAAUGAGCGCAGACCAAAUCGUUAUACUCAUCCUACUAAUAGCACUGCUAGUCAAAUUUAUAUUCUUCGAGGACCGUGAAGACCUAGCCGACCAAUUGCGUCAACAGCAACAGCAACAGCAAAUAGCUGCUGCCACACAAGUUGAUGCCGACAAUCUGGAAGCUGAGACCACACAAUCGGAAACUACCACAAUGCCAAAGAAAGUACCGAAAGUACCAAUGUUCGUGAUAUCCGACAUUACCGAAUUUGUCGACCGGUCAACGCAAACUGAUUUCGAUGACUACGAAGACGAUUGCGUCGAAAUGAAACAAUUUGUUAGUUUGCCGCCUCGCCCGUUAGACGAGUGUUUAGCAAUUUUAAACUCAGAUGACGGGGCAAGCGUAUUAACCGAUGAAGAAAUAACGCUAAUUGUUCGAGGUGGUGGAGGACAUUGUCCAUUAUACAAAAUCGAAUCAAUUAUCAACGAUCCGGAACGCGGUGUCAAAUUGCGACGUAAUAUUAUGUCGGCUGAGGCGAAUAUACCGCUGGAUACGCUAAACAGCUUGUCCUACAAGCAUUUUGACUAUACUAAAGUGAUGAAUGCAUGCUGUGAGAAUGUGUUGGGCUACGUUCAGAUACCCGUGGGAUAUGCCGGCCCAUUGUUAUUGGAUGGAUGUAAAUAUUUUGUACCAAUGGCAACGACUGAAGGCGCAUUAGUAGCUAGUACUAAUCGUGGUUGUAAAGCCCUGUCUGUGCGUGGAGUUUCUAGUUUUGUUGAAGAUAUCGGAAUGACUCGGGCACCAUGCGUCAAAUUUCCAAACGUUUUACGAGCCUCCAUGGCCAAAAGGUGGAUAGAACAUCCGGAUAAUUUCGAGAACAUCAAAACUGCAUUCGACUCAACUAGUCGAUUUGCCAGAUUACAAGAGGUUUUAAUUGCCAUGGAUGGUCCGCAGCUGUACAUUCGAUUCCGUGCUCUGACUGGCGAUGCAAUGGGAAUGAAUAUGGUGUCCAAAGGUGCUGAGAUGGCCCUGCGAUACAUACACAAAGCCUUUCCGGAUAUGCAAAUCAUCAGUUUGAGCGGUAAUUUCUGUUCGGACAAGAAGCCGGCUGCAAUAAACUGGAUCAAAGGGCGCGGCAAGCGUGUAGUUUGUGAGUGUAUCAUUCCAGCGGACAAAUUGAAAUCGAUCUUGAAAACGGAUGCCAAAACUUUGGUUCAAUGCAACAAAUUGAAAAAUAUGGCCGGAAGUGCUAUGGCUGGUAGUAUCGGCGGUAAUAAUGCUCAUGCUGCGAAUAUGGUAACAGCCGUUUACAUUGCGUGCGGUCAAGAUCCGGCUCAGAAUGUGACCAGCAGCAAUUGUUCGACGGGAAUGGAACUGUACGGAGAAACUGGCGAAGAUUUGUACUUGACCUGUACGAUGCCAUCUUUGGAAGUUGGCACAGUCGGAGGUGGUACCGGCUUACCCGGUCAAAGUGCAUGUUUGGAAAUGUUGGGCGUUCGAGGAGCGCACAAAACAAAUCCGGCGGAAAAUUCGAAAACUCUGGCUAAAAUAAUUUGCGCAACUGUUAUGGCCGGUGAACUGAGCUUAAUGGCUGCACUCGUCAAUAGUGAUCUAGUCAAAAGUCAUAUGCGUCAUAAUCGAUCAUCUGUGGCUGUCAAUCCAGGUUUUGGAUUGAAUCUUCCAAUGUCAACAGCAACUGCAACAUCAUCUACGACAACAUUAACUACCUCAUCGACAUAGUUUUACAUUAUGAUUAUGUUGGAAAUUUAUUUUUAUUUUUUUCAUUCGUUUUAUGUUGCAACGAAACGGUUUUUCUUAUUAUAAUUACUUUAAUAUCGAGUCUGAACAAGAGAGUGCGUGUAAAGACAUCGAAAGCGUUUUUUUUAAAAUAGAUUUUGUAACUUUCGAUCGAGUGUUUUGCGUUAUUUGGUUUAUGGUUGUUAUGUGGGAAAAAAGCCUUACGAUGCGUGUUGGCGAACUUUUAAUAAUUAUUUCCAAUGGUGAACUGUCUUGUUGUGUAAAAACCUAUUGUUUGGAAGCUCAAAAAAGCGUUUUUUUUUAAUUUUUAAUUUUUUAGACGAAUAAAUUAUUCCAAUUUAAAUGAAAUGUAUUGACCCUUUACAUCAAAGCAAAACAGAACAAACAUAUUUGCAACUUUGCUGCACUAAAUAUAUUUCCUUUCAAUGUUCUGUUUCUCACCUUUUAUUAUCGGAAAUGAAUGAAACCUGUUACUUCUCAUGUCUCCUUUUUUCACACUGACCAGAGACUAACAUUAGGUCCAGUUUAAACCACAACACAAUUGACCUUAUUCUGGAAGAUACACGGAUAUUCUUCCUCUCGUAUCGAAAACACAUUACGAAGUCUGUGCAACCUAAAUGAUAAGAAAAGAAAUUGAUCAAAAAAUCGAAAAAUGAUUUCAAGUUAUGUAAGGGUAUACCGUUCAGACUUGGUUGCAGUACCUUUUUUAUAUAUACGAAAAAAAAAAUAUUUUUUUUAUUAUUAUUAGCAAAUUGGUUAAACGAUUUAGUCGGAGGUGUGUAUGAGUCAUAAAAUUUAGCUGUAGAUUUAUCUAAUAUAAAAUGCAAGACAAUAAUUAUGAGUAUUAAGUGAAUCGAAAUAUUAAUUUUUUUCUUACAAAAUUUCAUCUCAAAUUCGUUUUUAAUCUAAAAGAGAAAAGUUUGCGAAUUUUCGCUUUGUAUGGGGGGUUGUGUUUAUAAGAAGAAAGAGCAGAAUCGGAAACUUAAUUUUUUGUGUUGUUUUUAAUCUACUUACAGAGUUUUUGGUUUUAUUUUAUUUAAUUUUUUUUUGUAUUAUUAUUGAUAGCAACAGCAGCAGCCUUUUAAUUAUUUGUUUUUUCUUCUCAUCGUUCAUUUUGCUGCGUGUGUUCUAAUCAAAUAUUAUUAUUCAUCAGAUCAUCCAUUUUGCUCAUUAUAAUUCUAUCUAAUUUUAGCAAUGUUAAUCGAUUGAUAACAAUCACAAAGGAAAACGUCGAUGACAUUGGUUGUACUUAGCGCAAUUUAUAAAAAUAAUUUAAAUUGAAAUGUUCAGUUUUUCUAUUAUAAUGAACCCAAAACUAAACAAAAAAAAAGUAAGGAAACAGACCAGAUCUGUACGCAUUACGGUUAUUACGGUCUAGGAAGAAUGCGUACCGUGUUUCGGUUCAGUUUUUUUUCUUUUCUCAAAUUUUAUUUGAUUUAACAAAUGUUGUUUGAGCUAAGAUAGUAAGGAUUUGAGUCCAACAAAAAAAAAAUCGAAUUCAUCUAAAUGCUCAGACGAAUGUCAUCAAUUAAUUUUAAUUUAGAUGUAGCGUUCAUCAAUAGAUAAAUUAUAACAUUUUGUAAGGACGACGAAAUUUUUUCCAUUUUUUUUUAAAUUUUAUUUUAAUUUCUUCGAUAACAACCACAUAUGGAUUGAGAGCCUAAGCAUGCAUAAAUCAGUUCCUCAUCAAGCACAGUUUGAAACCUGUGUUGUUACACUAACUUACGACGAAACAUUUUCCUUCUGGCACUUUUACUAUUUAGAGCGCUAUCAUCGCUCUGGUGUCCAGCUAAUGUAUCUAAUGUAUAUUUCCACCAACUUACUUCACAGACCAAAUUCAAUAUCUCUACGAAGUGAAAUGAUUCAGUGACGCACGUCAAGGAACGCUCCCAAGGGGUCCUCCUAUCGUUUGAAAAUAAAUGUGACAGAAUAAACAAUUCUAGGUCCUGGGUAGUGUAACAAUAUGGUAUGGUUCCAGGCCGUUGAUCUAUGAAGGACGGAUAUAUGCAUACAUUGGCUGUCGGCCUAACAGAGAACCCGAUGUUUUGGAAUAAUGUUUUUGUCUCAAAUUCCGUUUUUUUUUCAAUGUUAAUCAAAAUUUGAAAGAAGUUACAAAUCAAAUCUAAAUCAAUCAAAAUGAAGUGCGGGAACCAAAAUUACUCGUCCCCCACUGUUUUUUUUUAAAUAAAUAAUUUUGAUUUUCAUAAAUCAAUUUGGUGCUGAAACGACUAAUGUAAAAAUGGAAAUAAAAAACUGAAAAGUUCUUCUGUAAAACAAACAAACAAAAUUGUAAAUAAAUCGUAAAAUGGAAAAUGCCAAAUAAGCUUAACGUUUAAAAUGGACCUACGAGUAACGGGGCAUGUAAUAGAAAAUGAAAGGAAAAUAGGAUUUUUAAAGGAUAAAAAGUAAUGGUAAAAAUGCUGCAAGCGAAAAAGUUUUUAUUUUAAAGGAGGAAUGAAAUUAGCUUAGUUAAAUGAAGAAAAUUGUUUAUUUAUUUUUAAGCAAAUCCAAUAAAAUAUUUAUGUGAAAAAUGAAGAAAAAAAACGAAGUUAAAUUAAGCAGAGAGAAAAAAGUUCUUUAUACCGACUAUUAUUAUACAUUGUAUGAACACUAUCUAUCUUGUACUAAAAAGAAACGAAUUAGUUAAACUAA